AUGGCUUCACCCGACGGACCUCCCUUGUCCUUGCGACCCUUCCCCGUCGCCGACAAGGCCCCCCAAAACCUCGCCGAGUUCAUUGCGCGCGUCAAUACACAGUCCGGCGGCUUUCGUGAUGUGACAGAGAACAAAAUUCAAGAUGAGAUCAAAUCAAAUCAAGUCGUCAAUGGGGCCGACACCGACCCAGAGGAUGUGGACAUGUCCGACCUAGGCCACGACGAGGAGCCUGUGAAAGAUGCUGCCCUUGUGCGCAUGGACGUCUUGAAGAAUAUAGAGAUUGCCGGCAACACCGCUAUGCUAACCCUCGAUUCCCUCUCCCUGCUCUUAUCCAAGCAAAAUCCAACCCAGGCUGGCUUAACCCUUUCUCAGCAGCUGCGAGAAAUGGUGGGCAUAGGGACCUUGGGUGCCGAUAAGCUGGACGAACCAAUAUUGAACGUCAACAAGGAAAAGGACGAGGAAGAAGUCGCCACUGGGUGGACGCUCAUGCAGAUCAACCAGGCGCGAGAUGCCGCCGACGAGGCUGGCAAGUUUCUGCAACGAGAGGUCGAUGCGGAGAGUAAAUACUGGGAGGACGUCAUGGCUGUCAAAAAGUCUGGCUGGUCUAUUUGCAGGGUACCUCAUGAGCGCCAUACUCUGGGCGUAAAGUUUGGUUUCUCAGAAGCUUCUCCCGAGUUCAAAAACAACGGCCUCGCACCUAUGAGAAGAGGCGAUAGCGGCUCAGUAGAGCUUGACCUUGGACGGCUAGGAGGUGUGUCAGAAGGACUAGUAGUCACAUACGAAAAAGACGGCCAAGUGGUUGGCCGAUCGGUUCCCCGUCGCCGCGCCCAUGACGACGCCUCCUUGGAGUCCCGUGUCCUUGAGGCCCGAAACACCAUCUUUUCUCAAGAGCUCUGGCACGAACUGACCCGCGAAGCCCGCACGUUAGCAGCAUACGGCGUCCGACCAGAAGGCUCAACUCUAACCUGCUCCGUGGACUCCUCCUCCAAGAUCGUACUCGAGCUUGUCCCCCUCACUUCGUGCCCCGUGGCCGACGACUCAUUGCCCGACAACUCCAUUGCGGAAGCAAUCUUCAUCUCCCUCCACGUCCUCCUCAGCUACGCCCAUCGAUACAACGAACUCAUGAGAAUCCGCCCCAUACCACCGCACAUCUCCCGCUCCCGCGGCCAGCAAGUCUACGCCCUCCUCCGCCCCGUCAUCACCUGCAUGGCAUCCACCCGCGCCGUCCUCUCAUGCACAACCUACAUCGGCUCCAUCACCAAGGCCCUCCAAAAGUCCGGCCUGCCAGCCUCAUUCACCCUCAAAACAACGCCAUUCUCCGCCGCCGACCCCUCGUCACAGGGACCAAACCAACUGGCCGGCGCGCAAUCCCUCAUCCGAAACAUCCUCCAAACGAUAGAGUUCAACAUCACAUUCACCAUCCUCCCCAACGCAUCGCUCACCAUCCGCGGCCGCACGUUCCUCUUCCCCGUCACCACGACAUUCUACCAGGUCGCCCUACCCCCGUCCUCCACCCUGCAGGGCAUCUGCGCCCCCUACGCAGACGGCUACUCCAACCCCAAAGCCCUCUUCAGCUACAUCCGCACCACCACUGAGCGUGCCGUAACCCUCCACUUCCUAAACGCCUUAUCCGCGUCCCCGAGUCCAGCGCAAUGGAUACAGAGCGGCACGUCUAUCCGCGACCCCGAAGACGACUCCCGCGCGCUGCAGUUCACAAUUGCCAAGCAGCCCGUCGCGUUGGUGCUGACGAGCAGCUUUUCAAACAAUCCCAAGGGGGAGACCAAGUCGUGGACGUACUCGGCCCAUCUGGACAGCGAGCCCACAAGGCUAGAGGACGUGGUGGCUCGGGAAGCAAGCAGGCCUAGGCCUUAG